AUCUCAAAAAAUGAAAAAUCGUAUGUCAAAUGUAACCCAAGAAUUCGUUGAGUUUUUCUCGCGAAUUACUUGCUGGCUAUGGGAGACCAUCGAAAAGUUAUUCGACAUCAUUUUCGAUUUCUUGGCAAGGAUAAUCGAGCUGAUACUAGCGGUGAUGAACCUGAUUUUCCAGGUGAUCUGUUUCCUAAGGGACCUAGGCAUCGAAUCCAUGCAAACAUUCGUGAACGUCUUUCGAGGUAUUGUUAGAGUCAUUAGCAAUAUCACUUGCGAAGAAGUCGAGGAUUUCGCCUCUGCCUGCAUUGUUGUUUUGCUUUGGAUCGCGGCAUUUAAGGUCGCCAAGAAUAUAAUAAAAAACUCUCGAAUAGCUGCGUUCCUUAACCCAGGAAACCCGGAUUCGAAUAAACUAGGAGUUUGUCCGGCUCAAAGAAGAACAGGGAGAAGAUUGAAUCGACGUUAUGGCAAACGACCUCGAGGUGAUCCUAUACUGGAACUCGACGAUUUAGAAUAAAAGAAAUUACAAGAUUUAAAAAGGAGUGAUUAUACAUCUAACACAUGCAGUGAAUAAAAUCUAUACCAAGAAAGCUAUAAAAAAUAAAAUAUAUAUUUCCUUAUAAAUAUUAUUUCUUAUAUUUAUCAUUACAUCAUACACUUUU